AUGUUCUUCUUUUUCUUCGGUGCGGUCUUCGCCGCUGUCGUCCCUCCUUUCGUCACCUCUGCCGCAUCCGCCAUCUUUGCCACACCUGCCCCCCGUUCCGAACCCCUCUGUGCGCCUCUCGGUGACAGCACUGCCCCGGAGCCAUCCUCCAACGCUCUCUCGGCUUUCACAGAUGACGAGAAGUACGACGAGUUGGCCUUGACGGCCCCAAUUCCUGCCGGCUACACUGCCACCAUGAAGAACGCAAACUGUGCCUUCUCGUCCAACAGGUACAUGCUGUACGUUCAACUGGACUCAUACAGCCCGGAGGCUUGCGCCGAACUCUGCAACAACCAUGAAGGCUGCGACUCCUUCAACAUCUACAUCCAGCGCAGCCCGUCACAGAUUCCCGGACCUGCUUGCCCCAAUCCUGCUCCCAUUGCCGUCGCCCAAUGUGCCCUCUACUCCCUGCCGGAGGAUGCAUCUUCUUGCACAAACUUCGGUCAGCACAUUGGCCCCGCCGAUGCCAACGGUGAGGCCUUCAAAACUGCUAUGCGCAGCUCCAACGCAUACAACAAGAUCGCCGUCAAGCAAGUCACCGUGACUGUCACCACUACCCACCACAUGCACACGACCUUCACCAGGCUUGUCUCACGGAGUGAUAUUUCACGGAGGGAUAUCGCCACUACUAUUGACAAUGGUGAUCGAACAAUCAACAUGACUACUACUGUCACACACACUCGUUCUGCAAAGUCCAAGUCUGUGGCUGUUGGAACCCCGGCUGGUGUUGUCACUGUCACUCAGUCGGCAAAUCCUGCGUCUUACGUUGGUACGGUCACUGUUACCCGUUCGGCAAACCCGACUGCACAUGCUGGCACUACAACCGUUACUCGGACCAGGUCAACUCCCACUGCUCACGCCGGCACUGUCACUGUUACCAGGUCCCAGAGCGCAGGCGCAACGCCCUCCCAGUUCCAGUCCGUCAUCUACACAACCGUCACAUCCUACUACGACAAGCGCGCCGAGCCGUAUAUUGCGCCUGCUGAUUACGUCACUGUCACUGUGGAAGGAGAACCUACAUACGUUGACACUACGACCACGACCAUCAUUAACACGUCUGGCGUAGUGACCGUAACUACCACUAUCCCCAACACCCUACCCGCAGAGACCACGACCAUCACCAUUGAUGACGCUGAGACAACUACCUACCCUGGCAAGCGCACCCUGGGCCCUGCUGUCAGGGCUGAGGCAAUGAGCACUUUCACGAUUGACGAGAACUACGUGUACACUGGUCCUACGGAUGUGCCUAUGAAGACCUAUACUAUCUACCCAGACCACUAG